AUGACAAAGGUAUACCCCAACGUUGCUACCACCACCGCCACCAACAACCAGAGGCAGCCUGUCAAGUUCAAGUCCUCUAAUAAUGCCUUAGACGCAGGUGCAACUAAUGUCCUAACCGUGUGGAAGAAGUCUUUGUUGUUCAACUGCAAUGGCUUUACAGUCUAUGAUGGCAAGGGCAACCUUGCGUUUAGGGUUGACAAUUAUAUGGCUACUUCUGGUAGUAACGGUGAGAUCGUUCUCAUGGAUGCUGCUGGAAAGCCUCUCCUCACCAUCCGUCGCAAGAGGUUGAGCUUAGGAGAUAGCUGGCUGGUGUAUGAUGGAGAAACAGUCAUCAACCCUCGUUUUUCGGUGAAGAAGCAUGUUAACAUCCUCAACACAAAGUGUUUGGCUCAUGUUAGCCCUGCCGCAGGUAGUAAGAAGAACGUUAUGUAUGAUAUAGAGGGAUCGUAUGCACAAAGAUGCUGUGCGGUGUAUGAUGAGAAGAAGAGAAUGGUGGCUGAGAUCAAACAGAAAGAGGCAGCGGGUGGGGUGGCUCUUGGUGUAGAUGUAUUCCGCCUCGUUGUUGGCCCAGAAAUUGACACUUCUGUGGCCAUGGCUAUAGUCAUCCUCCUUGACCAGAUGUUUGGUUCAACCAAACGAUUCUCGACCUGA